AUGUCAUCAUUCCUGCUGGAAGCAUUUAUCAACAGCUCUGUUGCUUGUCUCUAUUUAUGGUCAUAUAUUUCUAUCUACUUCUCGGAUGGAUUGAACCCAGAUAUCUCAAUACUGGUCUCUCUUUCUCACAACUACUGGGUAUGGUUGUUUUGGUUGAUGAAAGAGGCAAAUGAAAAACAAUUUGAUGAAGUAAUACUUGAAAUUAGAUCAGGCGUUUCCUUCAUUCUCUUUUGUCAAGUGUCAGCACAGACUCUAUAUAUGCUAUGUCUACUUUUUCCUUCUCGCCUACUGGACUGUUUCGAUUACAAAACCCACUGGCAGGGUCAUCCUCGUAAACCUGGUUCGAAUACUAUUUCUCUGAGUUCAGCUAUACUAGCGGCUCUCUGUUUAGCUAGUCGCUUACCAGAUCCUUACCAUACUUUUGCUUUGCUAUCGACUGCAGUCAUUUUGUUGGCUUUGUGGCCGGUAUUAACAAGAAGGUUUCGUAAUUAUGCAGGUGAUCGUGCACAGAUAUGCUUAACAGUAUUAUCUGGUUCGAUAACUUUCCUGAGCUCGUGGCCGUUAGUUUACAACUGUGUGUCAUUUGAAUACAAAUGCAUCCUUCUCUGUGCACUAGUAGCAUCUACAUUAUGUCUAAACUUCGUGGGACCAUGGUAUUUAUUAAAAAUGCAGAAAAUUAAAAGGUUAGUAUUUUCUAAAUUGCGUUGUAUUGUGUAA